AUGUUCUCAGUACACAGUGCAGGAGCCGUCAGCAGACAGAGUGAGCAAAGGAACUUGUUUGCAGACAGAGGUUGCUGUAGGAGGCAGAGCCAUUACCUCUACAUUGGACAUGACAUCUCUGGAAGUCCUGUAAGUGUGGAUGUUGGGAUGUGCAGGUCCCAUUGCAUAUCCCAAAGGAUAAACUCGUAUCAACCUGGACUUCGAGGCCUCUCCAAACAUUCCUCCAUGUUGGACUUCCUUAGAAAUAAGAAGUUGCAGGAUAGACAGAUCGAGUCGUCUCUGUUGAGUGGAGCAGACCGUUCCUGCCCUUUGGAUUCCCUUUGUGAACCUACUAGGGUUCAUGUGGAGAGACUGCUGCUGUUCGAAGGGUUCCGGGAAGUGGAAGUGAUUGAGACCUGUCAGUGUAACACAAGCCCAAAGGAGUGUCUUCGGCUGCCAGCCCUGAAAACCUUCUUUCCAGACUCCCCCUUGGAGUUCACUGUGGAUGUUGGAAAAUGCUCCAACCCUUCCCACGUAGAAGAUGGACUCUUCUGUGCCCCCACAAAGUUUGACUCUGUUUUGAUCAAAAGCCCAAAUGGUGCUGAGGUGGUUCAAACUCUGGAGAACUGUGAAAUGAAAGAACCCUGCUAUCGAAUUUCCUACGUGGAAUACUAUUAUGAAAUUAUAUACAACUCAGCGGGAGACAGAGAGGAGCGGCUUAAGGAAAUUGAUGUGGGACGGUGCUUGGGGAGCUGCUCCAUAGGGAAUCGCUGCUUGCUUAGGGAUUCACAUAGUGGAGAGAAGUGCCUGGUUUGGGCUGAAGGCACCUCCAGUCGCUGUGUGCCUGAUCAGUACAACACUCACACAUUCAAGAGCCGCAGCGGCCCCAUCCGCACUGUGUUUGCUAUCGAGAAGUGUAAAUGUAAGAAUUAGAAACUUUGGGGACUGCGGAUUCAGAACAUACGAGGGGGGCUCAGGGAGCAGAGAAUGAAGAUCAUUGAUUCAUAGAAUCAAAUGUCCAGCCAUGCCCCAUUGCCCCUGAAGCAG